CAAAAGAAUUGCCGUUGCAAGAUUUAUAGCCCAUUUGACUGCUUCAAGCGAGAAAAAUGUGGAACCGAACCGUUGGCAGGGUUUCGACACUUUUAAAGUUACGUUAUAGGCGAUUCAACCAAUUUUCCAACCAUACGGACUGUUUCGCGCAUGUUAGUCGCUUUUUACAUAGUUUUGCCAUGGACGGCCGACGUAAUCUCCGGUGGAUCAUCGUGUUGCUACUUUUGUGUCCAUCUCUGAUUUUUGUCAUCGUUCUAAUAACCCGGCUACCCCCGAUGCUGACGUUCAGUUACAACGUCAUCAUGCUCAUGUUUUAUCUGCUGGUACUGUACAAAAUGACCGUCGUGCGGGUUACCUUCCCAAUAACGCAGAGACUCAUCGAUUACUUCAACGCCCAUGUAUUUCACCGAGACGACCCCGUUUCCUACCAGCUUCGUCGGAAGACCUACUUCAUCACAUGGAAAGUUUUCUUCUUGAUCACCACGUUUAAUCUGUCCACCACGGUGGCUUUCAUGGCCAUCAGCAAGCCGACCAGUUCGUACAUAGGCUAUGACGAGUCCGAGGUCACCUGGUUGCACCAAGUGCUGAUGGAUCUAUAUUCAUUUUUCUUGCUGCUGUACGUCGGAAUCAAUACCACGUCCAUACUGAUGAUUUCUUUUUUGAUGCACUGGUUCCAGACGGAGCUGGAAAUAUUGGGGAAAGCUUUUGCGAAAAUAUUUCACGACAAGCCACCGAUCGCAUUGCGGAAAAGUGAAAGCAGAUCGCGGAUUCUGUUGAGAAAGGAUGAAGUUAAAUGGACGGGCAUUGAACGUCGUUUGAUUUACUGCAUUAGUCGGCAUGGUGAAGUUUUGGAACUAGUUGACCAGAUGCGGACCAUUGUUGAACCGAUUUUCCUGGGAUUGGGAUUCUAUAUUGUGACAACGAUUUCAACUCUUAUUUUUGUUAUGAUUAAAGAUCGUAGUAGUGUCAACGUUUUAGGAUAUAUUCACGUUGUUGUAACCAUAAUUGAAUUUUACUAUUAUGCUCAUCUGGUAGAGGAUUUAGACGAAAAGAACCAUAUCAUCGCCAACGCACUGUACCAGCAGAAAUGGCACUGCCAAAUGAAGUACCAGGCGGAAAUCACGAAGCACUACCGAAGCGUCAAAACCAUGAUGCUGAUUGUGAUGAUGCAUUCGCAGCUCCCAUUCCGUUUCACUUGCGGUGGACUCUAUAAUAUGUCGUUGCCGGUGUUCACCACCAUGAUCGAGACACUUUACUUUGCGGUCACUUUUAUGCUCAGAACGAUUAAAAUUCAGCGCUAAGUGGAUUGUCGCGUGAAGCACUCAAAUGGAUCCCCUGGUUCAAUGGUUUAGUUUGAGUAAAUGGAAUAAAUUAUCUGUAUGGCUUGAUUGACUU